GUGUCGCUUCCGGAAUACACAAACUGUACUUCCGGGAGAGAGAGAAAGAAGCAGCGACAGGUGUUUAAGGGGAAAGUAGGCAGGCAGACAUGAACAUGGGCGCAGUUAAGACCUGAUACAUCUCGGUGAAACGAAAGCUGAAACGAUGACUUUUCGAUUCCCGUGACACAUGUCCUGAUCAUCUGCGUGCGCGCGCGAUUCCGUCUCGAGCUUCCACACUUCCGGCUGCGGCGAUGAAAAUAUCCGGAAUAACUUUUCUGCACUUUUUACUUUUAUACCAAAGAGCAUUAUCAGAUAAGGAGAACACAAUAAUCGGAGAGCUGGGGGGGAACAUUGUGCUGCCAUGCCUCAAUCUCCCUUUCAAAACUAACAUAACAGUGACCCGCUGGAUGAAGGGCGGCGCGGUAUUGGCUACCCAUAAGCACUCUUUGCCCGGCAGCGCAACGCAUGCGCCGCCUCAUAUAUCCAUCCUGGACAACAGCAGCUUGAGCUUUGCAGGCUUGAUGACCAUAGAUGAGGAAGUGUAUCGGUGUGAGACCGAGCCGAAGAGUACCGAGUUGCCUCGUGCAGUUAAUUUACUGAUCGCAGAUGGUCCAAAGGACAUGGUGGUAAAUGUAAACCCAGGGACUCAUCUCAGAAACAAUUUGUGGUUUGUCAUUAAAGGCCAGACUGUUACUUUUAAUUGUUCCAGCAAGUCGUACCCCACGCCAAACAUGACCUGGAUGUUUGAGGAUUUGAAUGAAAACAAAAGCAGGGCGUUUAAAAAUGAUGCUUCUCUAAACUUUGAGAUCAUCAACAUUCAGCCUGAGGAUCAGAGAAACUACACGUGCAUCGCUCUGAACACCAUCUCCAACAAAACGGAGGCGAAAAGACUGGAACUGCUCGUCUACCAUGCUCCAGAUAUUCAUCCGGACUGCCUAUGGCAACAUGGCUCCCAGCCCGAUCAGGGCCUUUUCAACUGCACCUGGUACGGAGCUUACCCGACCCCCAACCUAACGGUGGAAUUGGACUCGACUGAUGGCGGGGUUCUUCUGAGCAGAACGCAACAGACGGAGAACUUUCAGCUGACCCUGAACAGGAGCAUGCUGUAUGAUGGCCAGGAGAUCUCCUGUGCGGGACAACACAUAACACAAAGGCUUGACGCCGAUAAAAUAUGCACCCUCAAAUUAGCCGCUCCAUAUCCUAUGGGACAACCAAUGGUUGCUGCUCUGGAAGGCACGAACAUCACCCUCACCUGCUCCGAAUCAAAGUCUCUGCCUCCUGCUAAAUCCAUAUGGCAGCGAGGAAUAAACCAGGAGCCCAUUGUUCCCAGCUCCAAGUAUAUUUUGGUUGAGCAGGGACCUAAUCUGAGCCUCACCAUAGUCAAUGCCAGCAUGGCGGAUCAGGGCUUGUAUUUCUGCUAUAGUGAGAAUACUGUUGCUGCCAAAGAGCUGGAGGUCGUUCUCACCAUCAGAGCCUCUGCGGAUAAGUCCGGAGCCAUGGUUGGGGUCUUCAUAUCGGUUUUAAUCGUAGCAGCUGGAAUCGUGGUGGGCUAUUUCAUGUACACUCGCCGCGACAGGAUAUGCCUGGGUUUACCAUUUAGGGUAUCAAAUGAUACUACCGCGGAUGUUCUGAAUCUUAUCGAGUCUGACGACGAAGAAAUUUUUCACGACGCUGUUCCGAGACUCCCCCCUCUUUCCAACGGUCACGUUUCUGUCCAGGGGACAACACUUGUGGAAAUCCACCGCAUUCAGUCCAGUGAUCAUGAAGAUAACAUGACUGAUACCGAUCUUGAUCAUCACACACAUGACCGAACGCUGGAUCACCCGCUAAGUCACCCGCUGGAUCACCCGCUGGAUCACAUGCAGGAUCACACACAGGAUCACAUGCUGAAUCACCCGCUGGAUCACCCGCUGAAUCGCAUGCAGGAUCACACGCAAGAACACACGCAGGAUCGCACACUGGAUCACACACAGGAUCACAUCUAUAAUCAAACAGAACUAAUUGACUAUUAAAAAAAACCUUUUGUAAUUACAUAAUUUCUUAAAAGAGCUCUUACAAGGUCUUUUUUUUACAGUGCAGGGAUCUAAAGUUGCAAUUUGUGUGUGUGUGUGUGUGUGUGUGUGUGUGUGUGUGUGUGUGUGUGUGUGUUUUUGGUGUUAAUGUUGCAUUUCCAGGUAUAAACAUUGGACAUACAGUUACUAAUAAUUGUAUAGUAUUGUUUUUAUGUGUGUGUCGUUACCCACCGCCUUGUAUAGCAGCAUGAACUCUGUCCUGAAUAUUGUGAAUUGCUCGCUUCAAUUCUUUUUCUUUUGUUUGUUGAAUGCGAUUAAAUAAAAUCUGUGAUUUUCUCAGAGAAAGAUACAAUAAAUCUGCAGCAUCUACUGUAAACUAUA